AAGUGGCUGAUGUCCUCAGACCAACUUUUUUAAUGUUGUUCCUGGAACAACAACUGCCGCUACCAAUCAACGCUUGAGGUGUCAUCAAAUUGAGCCGCGCUCAAAAACUGGGGAGGUGCUUAACGCGAAAUUGUUCAAACGCUCCAGGAGUGGAAGAUAUCAGACAGGUCGCCAAUUGCAGAUUUAUAAGUUGCAUCGGACAGCAAGUGGAAAUAAGAGUACGCAAUGGAAGAUGUUGAGGUAUUAAAAUGUUUGAAAAUGAAGAGGCCAACAUUCAAAGUUGGAAGUGUUGGGCCAUAUAACAUCCAAAUAAAUAGUUUGACCACUUUAAUGAAAGACAACAAAGUUUCUGAUGAGGUCAUGGAUUCCAUAUGUGAUGUUCUAAGCAGGAUUCGCCCAGGUGUUGUACAUAUAAAUUCUCAGGCACUAACCAAAAUAUUGGAUGGGUCCAAAAGGGCAAAAAGCCACUAUUUUAUCAAGAAUAACAUUUUUGAGGGGACAACAGAGGUGUUUGGCCCUUAUCUCGAGGGUGGUAAUCACUGGACUUUUUUUCAUUGCAAUGUUGACAAAAGAUGUAUCACUUACUUUAACUCCUUUGGAGAGAUGGAGUGGCAGUGCCAAGCAAUUGCCCAACACUGGUGUGAUUUUGCCACUGCAAGGGGAGUUCAAGGAGAGUGGGUCCUCAAAACUACAAAACACAGUUUGCAAACAGACUCUGUCUCAUGUGGUGUCCACACACUUGCAUUUGCCACAGAAUUUAUAAAGUCUGGUGGUUGCAUUACCUCCUUCCAGUGCCCUGCAAUACAACAGGAGAGAUACCUGCCUUGCCUUGCUUUUGUACCGGUCUUUAGGUAA